AUCUUGUCUUUCAUCUACACCAGAUUUACCAUAAUACCUAGUUCACAAUGUCUCUCCCUUCUACUCAGCCGCAGUGGGUCGUCACCAGCAAGGAGAAGGGCUUCGAUGGCCUCAUCAAGGAGCAGGGCCCCGUCCCCAAGCCCGGUGACAACGACGUUCUCGUCCGUCUUCGCGGUGCUUCCCUGAACUACCGUGAUCUCAUCAUCCCCCAGGGCAAGUACCCUUUCCCCAUCAACCUCCCCGUCGUUGCCGCCUCCGAUGGUGCCGGUGAGGUCGUUGCCGUUGGCUCCAAGGUCACCAAGUGGAAGAAGGGCGACAAGGUCACCACCCUCUUCAACCAGUGGCACCAGUUCGGCGACAUCGACGUCCGCGCUGCCUCCUCUGGCCUCGGCGGUGUUUUCGAUGGCACUCUCCGCCAGUACGGUGUCUUCCACGAGGACGGCGUCGUCCGCACCCCCUCCAACCUCAACGACGUUGAGGCCGCCACCCUCGUGUGCGCCGGUGUGACUUCGUGGAACGCCCUCUACGGCCUCAAGGCCCUCAAGCCCGGCCAGUGGGUCCUCACCCAGGGUACCGGUGGUGUCUCCCUCUUUGCCCUCCAGUUCGCCAAGGCCGGUGGUGCCAAGGUGAUCGCCACCACCUCCUCCAAGGAGAAGGCCGAGAUGCUCAAGAAGCUCGGUGCUGAUCACGUCAUCAACUACCGCGAGGACCCCAACUGGGGCGAGACUGCCCGCAAGCUCACCCCCAACAACCAGGGUGUUGACCACAUCAUUGAGGUCGGUGGUGCCGGCACCCUCGGCCAGAGCAUGGUUGCCAUCAAGUACGAGGGUAUCAUCUCCAUCAUUGGUUUCCUCGGUGGUGCUCAGCCCAAGGAGAGCAUCCUCGAGACCCUCAGCAGAAUCUGCACUGUUCGCGGUGUCUACGUCGGCAGCAGGCAGCUCAUGGAGGACAUGUGCGCUGCCAUUGAGGCCAACAACAUCCACCCCGUUGUUGACAAGACCAUCUUCACCUUGGACCAGGCCAAGGAGGCUUAUGAGUACAUGUGGGCCCAGAAGCACUUCGGCAAGGUUGGCAUCAAGAUCGAGUAGAUGUGCCAAUGAUUGCGGAUUGGCAUCAGGAUUGGGUAGAGAUUUUGAUGUUGUGAUGAAAUACAAUAGUAUAAUGAUACCAUCUUGAUAACACAACAAUGGUGCGCCUUUUUCUUUGUCCUGGGGAGACUGAUUCGACUUUAUAAUUAGCUCUUGCGGUUGCCCCCUCGUGAUAUUUCCCUUGCACUUCUCCUCGACAUUUACCAUUUUUACCUAUAGAUGAUACUCCUGCGGUCCGGUGACCUUAAUGUCGUUCAUAACCCAAAGCCGAUCAACGCCCAUAUCCGCACUGCCAUCAUCUUUCAACGUGUACGUCGGUUCGGUCUGGCCAGCAGCCGGGUU